GUUCUGCUCUUCUUUCUUCCCGCUGCAGCCACCUGAAAGAGAAAAAAAGGGGAACCCAGCCAUGCCUUGGAAAAUCGGUGAGAAAGCUUGGUUUUUGGCCUUCUUUUCUUGCUCUAAAACACAAAUUGAACCUAGAAAUUCUCCCCCUUGCUGGAAAAUCCAGAUCUGCUUUGGUUCUGUUUGUUGGCUGCUCUUGUUGUGGGGGCGAAAUUCUUCAAAUUCCGUUUCUGUGAGCUUCCCCCUGUACUACCGUCGGCUUCUCUCCCAAACUGCAGCUCGGUUUUGCUUGCUAAAUUAUGGUUCCCGAUCGUUCUGUCAGUUAGCACUGAGAUCGAGUUUUUGGUUUUAUGUGAGUGAGGUAAGUAAAUUUAUGGUAAUGCCCGUAUAGUUUUUAAAAGCAUGUUUUGAUUUGUUUUUGAAGUGGUGGCGGGACUAAACCCGUUUUACACGAGUAUGGCUGAUUUGAAGUGAAAUUUUUAUGUUUUUCAUUAAAUUGAGCAUGCCUACUUGAAAUUUAAUUGAAUGUCCUGAUGAUUUGAAAGUGAUUGGUGAAUUAUGAUUUUUCUGUUAACUUUUACCUGUUUUGUUUCCGAUGUGGUUAUGUUAUUGAUAACCCUGCUAGUGGGGGUUAAACGCUAGCACAUGUCGACAUGUUACUGAUAGAACCGGUUUGUUUCUGUUGCCCUGCUAGUGGGGAUUAUACACCAGCAAAUACUGUAGCCUGCCAGUGGGAGGUUUAUAACACUGGCCAUGACCUAUAGAGGAGACAUCUAUUUCGUUCCCGCAUUGUAACCGUUUUUCGUGAUUAUACUUGUUGGCAUGCUAUAUGUUUAAUUAAGGGCAAUCCAUAUUUUACUUACUAAGUUUAUCUCAUAGUUUUUCCUUGUCCACCAUUUCAGGAAGUGAAACCGAGGACGGGGAAACUACGGGAAGUGACGAGUUAAAAGGCUAGCCAUUUCAAGAUUGAUAUAGAUUUUAGAUAUAGAUCAUGAUCUUGUAAACUGGAUUUUAAUUGGAGAUUUAUGAUAUUAGAGCAAAUUAUAGAAUUUUAUCUUCAGAUUUUGAUGGUAUCAGAUUAUGAUAUGACAAGUUCCGAGCCUUGUGCAUUUGUGGGACCCUCUCACGAGUGCACGGCGUCUGUCACGUCCUCGGAUUUGGGUUUUGGGGCAUGACACUUUUCUUAGAAAUAAAAUCAUGUUUUAGAA